UGCAUAAUAAAUCUGUCUGCUUCUGUAUCCAUUAGAAACCUGCAGUCAGAUACAUCUUCAGCUCCACUGAUUCACUAAUGGCAAAUCUCAGAAUCCAUUUUAGCGAUAAUGAAAAUGAAGAAAGUGAGAUUACAAAGCAUUUGGAUUCUAAUCCUAUUAAUAAUAACAUCUGUAAUAUUGAGAGUGGAAGCUCGAGCAGAAAAAGUGAUAAUCAUAUUAAGGCAAAAACUGGAAAGGAGAAGGAGAUUACAAAGCAUAGAUAUGCGUUUCAAACAAGAAGUCAGGUUGACAUAUUAGAUGAUGGGUAUCGAUGGAGGAAAUAUGGCCAGAAGACUGUCAAGAACAGCAAGUUCCCAAGUUACUACAAGUGCACGCAAAAUGGGUGCAAUGUGAAAAAGCAAAUACAACGGAAUACUAACGAUGAAGAGAUUGUGGUGACCACUUAUGAAGGAAUUCAUACUCAUCCAACUCAGAUUUCUACUGAUAACUUUGAAGAUAUUAUUAUUAAACAGAUGCAAUCAUAUACUUUCCUUUCUAAUGCCCAAUCCUCAGCAUAUGCACUGUAAAUUAGAUUACAAGAAAUUAAUAAUAAUUAUGUUCUAGUACAGCACAAACAAUUAUUAGAUUCCAAGAUUAGUAAAUAGUGAUGUGUUAUUUUCAGAUGUGCAUCUUAGAAUUUUAAUUCAGAGAUAUGUACUUGAUUAUGAUCUU